CACGACCACAACGCCAUUGCACGCCGCCUCUCUUCUUCUUUGGUUGCUUUUCCUUUUCCCGCUCUCUUAUUUUUGAUGAAGCGAAUACGCAUAUCAAGAUGCGGGACACAAUUGCUCGCCCAACCAUCCUCUCGACGUCCGCCAUGUCCUUGUGCACCACCGCUGCAGAGACAUAUCACGCCUCAUAACUACCGGAUACAAUCGCGAUGGCAAUCAACCGCGGUUCUAGCCGACGAUGCCGAAAAUACAGUUCAACCAAAGACCAAAUACCCCCCAGAAGUCCUUCCAUCGCCUCAUCCUUCUGCAUCCCGGGACUCCGCCAAACUCUCCGCCCUCCGCAGCAGACUCUCUCUUCCGCCCCGCUUUCCACUCGAGACUCUAGCCAGAACGCUUGUUCAUCCCUCCGCAGACCCUAAUUCCGCGUUUAACAAUGGCUCGUUAUCAAUUCUCGGCUCCAAUUUGCUCGGCUACUAUACCACCGAGUACUUCCUCUGCAACUACCCCCGUCUCCCAAUGUCGGUCGUCUUCGCCGCGCAAUACGCAUACAUAGGCCCCAAAGCACUGGCUACAAUAGCCUGUGAAUGGGGCAUUGAGGCAGCGGCCGAGCCUGGAGGUGAAGUCGACCCAGGCCUUUUGCAGUUCCGGCGACUGCGAUCCGGGGAUGACAUCCCCGACGCAUUGAAGCUCAAAAUACCGAAGAAAUGGAACAUCACAACCACGCACAAGAUCCUCACCAGCGACGAAUUCGGCUCGGCCUCCCGGCAGCCCGCGCCAGAGGAGCUCGCACGGCAGCCGGUGCCGCUGGAAGAAGCAGCGCAGUCUUUCGUACGAGCGUUGAUUGGGUCGUUACAUCUGCACCUGGGCCCUCCGGCUGUUAAGAGAUUCUAUAGAGAUCACUUUCUCUCCCGCCAUCUCGACCUCGACAAACUCUUCGAUUUCCGUACACCCACCCGCGAUCUAUCCCGUCUAUGCGCGCGUGAAGGCUUCGAAGCACCUGUUGCCCGGCUCAUCUCAGAAACAGGUCGGUUGAGCAGACACCCCGUCUUCGUGGUUGGCGUAUACUCCGGGAAAGACAAGCUGGGCGAGGGAGCGGGGAGUUCGCUUGACGAAGCGAGGGUCCGGGCCGCAGCCGCCGCGCUGAAGGGUUGGUAUCUAUACAGGCCCGUCGAAGUCACAGUCCCGAGUUCAACAGAAGGCGGCAUGGGCGCGGACAAGUGGAGACCGAAUAUGGUGGAUUGUGGAGAGGUUAUUGUGUAAGAUAGGAUAGGGUAGGAUACCGUUGGGACGGGAUUGCGCAUACCACAUCACAUCUACGCUUUGGAGUUUAGAGGUGCAUGGAUAUGGAUAUGGAUAUGUUGGAAGUAUCAGUGCUGUUUUUAAACUGAGAGCCGGGGGAAUGGGUUACUGUAGAGGUCAUGGGCGGAUGCUUUUGGACGAACGAGGCAUCAGGGACGAUGAACGGAUCUGCUGGAAACCAAGGGCUCGAGAGCAGAGGAAGCCCAGGCCAUGUAUCAUAUUGUAUGUGAUGUGUCGUAUCAUAGCCUAUACACCUCCGAAUUGUGUAUAGAAUUCUACC